GCUGCUGCAGUUCAAGAACCAGCUCACUGAAAACUACUUCCAAAACCGUGUGCAUUCCCUCACACAAAAUCCACCGCGUAACUUCCCUCGCUUCCUUCCACCCCUUAAAAACUCCAAUUCUCUUCCCAACUAUUUCCCUCCCUCCCUAGCUAGCUAGCUCUCUAUUCAAAUAUUAUUAUAUAUAAAAAAAAACCAAAAAAAACAAAAGGAAAAACAUGGCUGAUGAUCAUUCUCACGUGUCACAAUCACACGUGUAUGAAUUUCAUCAACAACAGCAGCAACAAGAGUCCACAAUUGUGUGCCAACAACCAUUCACACAAAGUGUCUCAUCAUCAUCAUCAUCAUCAUCAUCACAUGUCGGCAGAGGUUCCAGUGAUCACCGGAAGUAUAGAGGCAUUCGUUGUCGGAGCCGGAAAUGGGUGUCAGAGAUAAGAGAACCAAGAAAGGCCAAUAGGAUAUGGUUGGGCACUUAUCCAACUCCAGAGAUGGCUGCAGUUGCUUAUGAUGUUGCUUGUCAUGCAUUAAAGGGAAAGGAUGCUGUUUUGAAUUUUCCUGAGUGUAUUGGUUCUUGGCCAACUCCGGUGUCACUGUCUCCGGCUGAUAUUAGAGCUGCAGCGGCAGCGGCAGCUGCCGUGAUGAGGCCGGAGAUUGGUGAGAAUGGAAAAGAUGUUGUGGAGUUUGUGGAUGAAGAGGAGUUGUUUGAUAUGCCAUUGUUGUUGAUGAACAUGGCUGAAGGCAUGCUUAUGAGUCCUCCAAGGUUGAGUCCUUCUUGUUCUGAUGACUCCCCUCAUGUUUCUGAGUCUGAGUCCCUUUGGAGCUAUCCAUAAUUUAGUAUAUAUAUAUAUAUAUAUAUAUAUGAUUGAUAAUUAGUAGAGAGUGAAGAAGAAGAAGAAGAAGAAGAAGAAGAAGAAGAAGAAGAAGAGAGUUAUGUGUUUGUUUUAGUGAGUUUUGUUAGUGUUGAAGUUGUUGAAGUAGUGGCAAUGGAGAGACUUGUUGUAAGAGAUGUUAUAUGAUAAUAAAAAUGUUGAAGUCUUAGUCUUAGAUAUAUCAGUAAAACUAACUAGAUGAAUGGGUGUGCAUGCAUAUAUAUA